CUAAUACAGACUGUUAAAAAUCCAUUUCUCUACGUUCUCGUCCAUUUUCCCCCCCGUUGUUCUUACUUCGUUGAAGUCCCAAAAUCCAUCAAGAGUCUCCGACAAAACAAACACAAUCAAGAUCCAAGCUUCCCUCGAAGAAUGCUUUUCAAGGCUAUAAAGAAGAAAAUGUGGAUGUUUUCUUAUUGAUCUCUCUACCCAAAUACCCCUCUGCAAUUUUCUUUUGCGUAAUGGAAGGAUCAACUAUCGCCAUAACAGCCAGCUCGCUCAGCACGACAUUGAUAUUCAAACCCUCUAAGCUUCUGAACUUCCGUCUCCAAAAGCUUUCCUUCUGGUUCGCCCCCACCACCCGCCCUCCUGGUUUUCCCUCCUCCACUCCUGGCUCUUGAGUUAUCUUCAUUAAAAACCUUUUAGAACAAUGGCCGCUUUCACUUUCAAUGCAAAUUCCUCAUCUGGGUCGGAUUUUACUGCGUUUUUCAAUCCAUUUUCUUAUAGUUUAGGGGGGUCUAAAGGUGUUUUCAAAGAUGAAUCUGUAUCGCAGUCUCUGGGGCUUGAUAAGGAGAGAGGAGAGCUUGUUAAAACUCCGAUGAGAGUGGGGAAGAAGGAAGCAUCAGAAGCUAAAGCUUUGGCGGUUUUGAAGAGUCACAGUGAAGCAGAGAGGAGGAGAAGAGAGAGGAUCAACGCUCAUCUUGAUACGCUUCGCGGCCUCGUACCUUCUACUGGAAAGAUGGACAAAGCAACAUUGCUUGCUGAAGUUAUCAGCCAGGUGAAAGAACUGAAGAAACAUGCAUUAGAAGCCAGUAGAGGUAUUCCCAUUCCAAUGGAUGAUGAUGAAGUGAAAGUUGAAACCUGUGAUGAAGAAUCAAAAGAAGGAACAUUUUAUUUCAAGGCAUCUCUCUGUUGUGAUUACCGUCCUGAGCUAUUGAUUGACUUAAGACAAGCUUUAGGUAGCCUUCAACUGAAGGUGGUUAAGGCAGAAAUGUCAACAUUGGGAAGCCGGUUGAAGCAUGUUUUUAUCUUCACCAGUCACAAAGGGCAUAUUGACGAUGCUAAUGAUCGCCUAGUCUUUGCAGAUUCUGUUCACCGAGCCCUAAGCGCCGUCGUGGAUAAGGCUUCUGCAAUGCUGGAGUAUUCAUCCAGAACAACACUUCCAAACAAGAGACAAAGGAUCUCUUUUUUUGAUUCCUCAAGCUCAUCUUCAUGAUAGCUUGAACUCUUGUCAUCGGUUUUGUCUCUGGGUGAGUAUCAUAUAUGCAAGCAGAUAAUCUGUCAUUGUUUAUAGUUAUCGAUGCACAAAAUAUGUGCACCUGAUUUUCUUGGUUUUGGGAACUAAAAGUCUUGGUUUUGAGAAGAUACUCUCAGUUUGCUUCAUCCCCAUCAUUAAUAUUUGUGAAAUAAACAUUUUACAGCAAGACAAUAUAAGCACCUAAGUUUCUUGGCCGUCGAUCCGUCACAAACAUGUGUAUCCGAGAAGGC